AUGACUUCUGAAAUUGGUAAGUUGCUGAAAACUCAAUAAUCAAGAAUUAUCCAAUUUUUGAAGGGGAACAUCAGUUGACCGACAAUGAUCAAGUUAUUGAAGAGGACGAAGUUGUUGAAGACAAUCAACAAAUGGAGAAUGAACCGGAAGUCGAGUUGCCAUUGGAGCGCAGAGGUUAUUGUUUGAUCCAAUCAGCCAAUUUGAAUAAAAAACAUAAUUGUUUCAGGAAUAGAUUUCGUCUGGGAGGAAUUCGUACUUUUGGUUCUCAUCUGGAUUCCAUUAUACUAUUUGGAUUGGAUCGACUUCACAUAUUUUACAGCUGCUUCGGUCUUUUUUUCCGUAUUAACCAUCCUUGGUUGGUUGAAGAACAACUUGUUCUAAACUUCCACUGGUUGAGCCUUUUUCAUUUAUUUAUCCUUUUUUGAUUUUCAACUUUUUCAUUGUUGUUUUAAUUGAAAGGGUAAUAAAUGCGUUGUUAAAAAAAUCUUUCAUGAAAUUUAGUUAAAAGAUAAAACAAAGAAACAUGUCGUAUAUGAUUAGAUUUUUAUAACUUUUGCUUGGUUUAUUGCAGACAAAAAGAAGAAGCACAACUUAUUUGAAAAAUGAAGGUUUGCAAUGACAUUUAUAAAAAAAAAACUGUUUUAUAUGUCUCGUUGCAUUGGGAUGUUAAAUAAGCUAUUAUUCCCAUAGUAGCCUUUGUUUAAUAUUGCUUUUGUUCCUUUCUCAAAAUCUAUGUGUACCAUACAGAAAUGGGCGUAGUUUCCAAAAAUGCGCCUUGGGGUCAAAAACUGACGCAUAACAUGUGGGCACAAAAUGCGCUUUCAUUUCUCUCCUCCUCUGUUGAGUUUUAUGGUUCCAUUUAAUUAUGUGAAUUUUUUGUUUUUUUUUUGAUUACCGUAACUAGUAUUCUCCAAGGGAAAAGCGACAUUGGAGAGAUUCUCAGGGUUCCCAUAUGUUAUAAUUUGAACGUGUCCAUUUCUAAAAUCUGGGGGGGGGGGUUCCCAAUUUUUAAAAAUCCCCAGAAAUUUCUUCGCGAAAACACACAGCCCGUAUUUCGCGCCAAGGUUGCGCGUAGGAUUUGGUGUUUGCGGGCAGUCGGUGUUGACAUACACUCUUAUUUUUUCCGUUCUUUCUUUAGGUUUGGGAUAAGUUCCUUUAUACAUUUCUAAUGAUAGAACUGUUGUCGUCUUUGCUGAGAGUUUAAUUUUUGUGGUUUUAUUUUUACUGGUGGGUACGUAGGUAUGAAUGUUUUAUCUUUUUAAUUUUUUGCGAGUCAUCCAUUAAUCUCAUUUGAAAAAAUGCAACAAACACUUUUUUCUCAGAGUUAAAUUGAUUUUUAUGCUUGAACCUUUUUUGGAACAUACAAAACGGGUGCAUUCCAACUCUCAAUUAUCCUCUGUUCUCUUUUCAAUUAAAAUUUCAAUGUAUUUUUCAGAAGGACUCUUUCAAAGCGUUUCUCGAAAAAUUGCGCAACUAACUGCCGAGAUGAGUUAGUCUUACAAAACUCAUUGGUUCAAAAAAAAAAGUUUUUUCAGAUAAAACUUUGGAAUCCACGGCAAUGAAGUUUAGAGAUUUUCAAGCUGAUCAAUUCGUUCAAUUCAGUAACGAAAUUUUACAAUACGGAUUUGCAGAAAUCAUCAAAGAUCUAUGGGCGGAGAUUGAAGGUAAUUUACUUAUGAGAUUUUCCUACCAAAAAUAUAUCUCAAAUUUCAUGAAAAGUUUAUUUUAGACUUUUUUUUGUAAAAUAUUAUUUGAAUUCCAGAAAUUGAGAACCGCUUUCAUAAUGAUAUCGUUAACCUUACUCCUUGGGUAACUGUUUUCGAAAUGAUAAUGAUGUUGGAGCAUUUUGGUUGGAUUAGCACAAAUACAGAAAGAAUUCUAAUUGUUGCAUUUUCCGUUGCUUUCUGUUAUGUUUUUUAUGAUGAGUAACUCGGGAAAAAUCCCGCAAGUGUCGGCAAGAAUUGCAGUAGAGCCGCAAUGGCUGCGGGUGAAGCCGCCGUUGUUGCGGGGGAAAGACAAGGGAAGUGUGAGAGAGCACAGGCAGAAAGACAAAAAGUAGCGAGCGUCUGCGCUCUCUCACAUUCCCCUUGUCUUUCCCCCGCAACAACGGCGGCUUCACCCGCAGCCAUUGCGGCUCUACUGCAAUUCUUGCCGGCACUUGCGGGAUUUUUCCCGAGAAGAUUGUUUUUUAAAAUAAUUAUUUUGCGUAUGCCCCUAUUCAUUGAACAGUUUUAAAAAUUCAUUUUAAUACCUUUUUCUUUAUUUUUCUAAGUUAAAACCAUAAAAUGUAUACCCAGUUGAAUAUUCAACUGUUUUUGUGACAAUGACAUUUAUAGUUUUUGAUAAAUGAUCUUUUUUGGUAUGGUCAAAUAAAUAUAAAAAACAUUGUUUCAUUAUUUGCUUAUAAAAUCUGAGUUUUUCAAAAAAAAAACAUGUAUCUCUCAACAUACCUUGAUCACGUUUUAUAUUGUUUUUUUUCCAUUGUCCUGAAGUGAAACAAACUGGCACAUUCUAUUUGGGAACCAAUAUCCUCAUUUCAAUUAUGUCUCUAAUGAGAAAUGUUCUUCAUAGUUGUAUUGAAUUGUGUCUGAUUAUUGUUAGAAAAAUGGGCGGAGCUUCCAAAAAACGCCUUGUGGUUGAAAAACUGACACAUUUCGUGUUGACGCAAUAUCUUCCAUUGAUUACGUUUCUGACUUUCCCUAUGUUUCAAAAUCUUCUUGUCAUCUUAUUCUUCAACACUUUUUAUUUUUGUUUUCAGGUCUUGAGGCUGCUGCUGAAAAAAGUUCCACGCUGAUCUGUGAUGAGUAAGACAUACAAAAAUGAUUUACCAAAAAUGAAUCCGUGUUUUGUAGAUAAUAUGGAAAAUACUUCGGCAAACCCGGAAUUGGAGGAUGAACCAGUUCAAAAUGAUGAUCCUGUUCAAGAAAAUGAGGUGAUUGCUCUAGAUGGACUUGGAAGAACCAUGAUACUUAUAUGUAUGGUUUAUGACGGUGAAUAA